AUGGUCGAGUCUUCCAUUCCUUCUCCAUCUCCCUCACCUAGGCUGCUAUUCUCGCGAAGUCGCUCGGCACCUGAGCCCCGAUCCAUCCUACGCCCCACAGACCCCCAAGUCCGACCAGGGAGCAUGGCUUCGGCAUUGGACACGUUCAUGUCCUACCUGCGCGUACCUAUCCUAGCAUCCUCUGGUGUCGCCGCCCUGCUCAGCGGUCUCCUAUACUUCAAGCAAAACGAAAUCAUAUACCCCCGGGCUUUCCCUCCAGACGCUCGAACGAACGUACCCAGGCCCUCGCAAUUCGCCAUUACCGACUAUGAGGAACUGUUUAUCCCUACCCCGGACGGCGAAUCCCUAAGCGCAUUCUUCAUUCGAGCCAACAAGCAACAUGCGCGCAAUGUAACAGUUCUCAUGUUCCAUGGCAACGCUGGCAACAUCGGCUACAGGCUUCCCAUCGCAAAGAUCCUCGAAAAUGAGUUGCGGUGCAAUGUGUUGAUGUUGCAGUACCGAGGCUAUGGCUUGUCUUCUGGCAAUCCUAAUGAAAAGGGGCUCAUGAUUGAUGCGCAGACCGGGUUGGACUAUAUCCGCCAAAGGCACGAACUUCGAGACACCAAGGUUGUGAUAUACGGUCAGAGUAUCGGUGGUGCAGUUGCCAUUGGACUGGCUGCUCGUAACCUUAAAGAGGGCGACAUCUCCGGCAUCAUCUUGGAGAAUACCUUUACCUCGAUCAAAAAACUCAUACCGACUGCUUUCCCUCCUGCUCGCUUCUUGACUCCUCUCUGCCACCAGAUCUGGCCUACUGAAGAGACACUCCCUAAGAUUACCAAGAUACCUAUUUUAUUCCUCAGUGGUCUCAAGGACGAAAUCAUUCCACCUUCUCACAUGACUAAAUUGUUCCAAGUCUGCAAAGCACCAAAAGUUUGGAAGGAACUACCGAAUGGAAGCCACAACGACACCGUCGCAGAACCACGCUAUUUUCAAUACAUUGAAGAGUUCCUGACUGAAUUCGUAGCUCGCUGA